AAUGCUGAGUGUGGACCCAGCCUGCGCAGUCCCUCCAGCAUGCUGCCGGGUCGCUCAUUGCAUCUGUCAGGACACCUGCAACUCUUGCUCCUGGCCUUGGCUGUCCUUGUGGUGGUAGCUCAGACUGCCCCAGAAGGAUGGCUCAGAAAGUGCUAUUAUGGACUUGGCAAAUGCAGAAAGUCAUGCAGAGACAAUGAGAAGAAGAAAGGAAUAUGUAUGGGAAAAUGGUCCUGUUGCAUCAACAAAGAAAAGGCUCAUCUGUCACAGUUUGACAACAAAGACAAAAGUGCUUCCAGGAACCCGAAUAUCGAACUUACCCCAGGCUAAUGGCAGGUGUACCUUGGCCACAGAUUCUUAUCUGACAUCUCCUCCUG